GUGUACUUCGGCAACCACUUUGCCCUGGAGGGACCCAGUCGCAAGAAGAGCGACAUCUGCGCCUCCAUAGGCGCCCACGUGCUCAUAGAUGACAACGUCGGGUACGCCCUGGACUGCGCCAGCAGCGGCAUCAGCGUGCUGCUGUAUGACUGGCAGGGCUCCUACCCGUGGAGCAAGCUGUCGCCGGGGUGGGUGGCGCUGAUCAUGGGCUUGGGAUGA